AUGAAGACUAUGAUAAUUAUAGUGGUUAACAGAAUUUCGCUUGUUCUCGUCAGUUUGUUUUGUUGUCAUGGCUUAACGGAUGGGAUGACUUUGAAAGGUAGAAAAAUAGAAGAAAAUCCAAAUUUUGUUGUCCUUUCUGUUGAGUCAAAAUUAAUGCCGAUGGAUUAUCUAAUUUCAUUUUUUGAUCCAUCGAUUACAAUGUUGGACAUUCCAAAUAAAUCGCUUGAUCAUAAAUUUAAAAUCAAUAAAAGUACAGUUGCACCACUGAUCCUUUAUGAGACUUCGACCCAAAUACCAGACCCAAAUGGUGGUAAGAGGGUCAUAAGACAAGCAGAUACUACUGAUGGUCUAUUGACAAAGACCAACUUAACAAAGUCGGCUCAUGACGUCUAUAAUAAUACAUUGAACUCAACAGCUGAACAUUCUACAGGAAUGAUCGAUACUAUGUUAAACGGUGUUUCUAAUUGUACAUCUUACAUUUUGACGAUCAAAGAUAAGUCUAUGAAAAUGAUUGAUAAUAUGUUGGACGGUGUUUCUAAGCGGGUAUCUUAUUUGAUGAUCAAACAUCGUAAUAUUAAUCUAAUACCAACAAUUUGUGCUGGUGCGUUGAUAGCAGUGUUCGUUGGAAUACUGCUGGUUUUUGCUGUAAGAGCAAAUCAAUUAAGGAACGCUGUGAAUGCCGAUCUGCAAAUGCCUGCAGAAAAUAUCUGCAUGUACAUGGUGUAG